CGUUACUUGUCAGCUUGCAUUGCAGAUGGGACAUGUUGGUUUUGUUGCCGAAUGAAAGAACUGGACUACCAAAACUGCUUUCGCAGUUGCGAGCCUCGGGUAAGAUAGCAUCGGUACUCAGUGAAACAUUUGUCGGACAAGAAGUUUAUCUGAGUCUUCCGAAAUUCAAAUUCUCCGAAGGGGAACCUUUAGAUGUGAAGGAGGUGUUCGAAAAAUGUGGGGUUCGAGAGCUGUUCGGUGCGGGUGCGAAUUUGAGCAAAUUGUCAAAUCUGAAAUUAUCUGUAUCGGAUGCACUACACAAAGCAAUACUGGAGGUGGACGAAGAAGGAGCCACCGCCGCGGCCGCAACUUCUUUUCGUGUGGCAAAGUGCGCACGCGUAACAUAUGUAAAAAUUCGCGUGGAACAUCCAUUCGUCGUUGCGCUCAUUUGUGAUUCAAAACUGCCUGUAUUCGUCGGACAUGUGGUCAAACCUGAAUACAAGUAGGCACGUUGGGCGAC